AUGGAAGAUCAGUUUCCUAAAAUGGAAACUAACAACUUCAUGCACGAAGACAACAAGCUCUUGAGUUCAUCAUCAUCGUUGUCAAAGCUUCUUGGAGUUCCAAGAAUCUUGGACUGUCUGAAAUCUCCUCCUCCUCCUCCGCCGUCUUCCUCACCUUCGUCGUCUCCAACAUCUUCUCCUGUGAGCGAGGCUUCAAACAACAUGCUUUCUUGCCCUCAUCACUUGCAGAAGGCGUCAUCUCCAAGCUGCCGUUUCUUCAAAUUUUCAGAUGAGUUCAACACUUCUGCUCAACCUCAUGUAGCUUCUUCUUCUCCUGUUCCUUGGAACUUUCUAGAAUCUUUUCCUCAUCAAACGCAAUCGCAAUCGCAAUUGCAAUCGCGUGUUUCUGAUCAUCACCCACUUCCCAAACCCCCAAACCUCAACUUGUUUCUACAAGAACCAAAGUUUCCGGAUCUCUCUCAAACCGAAUAUCAUAACACCAACAAUGGCUAUAACGUUUCUUCGUUCUGCAAGUACCAUAACUUCACCCCGAACUUGCUCCAAUCAGAUAAAAACCAAUCACAAGCGAUCAACGAGUGGAUCAAGAUCAACAAAACACUAACCAACCAUCCUUCCAAAGGGUUUGGAAGUUACUGGUUAAGUGCCACCAAGACUCAGCCCAUGAAGCUCACUACUGGAUCAUCAAGAAAACCUAACAGCAAUGUUCAAUCUCCGGGAAAGCUGUAUAGAGGAGUGAGACAAAGGCAUUGGGGCAAAUGGGUUGCAGAGAUUAGGCUUCCUAGGAACAGAACUCGUGUUUGGCUGGGGACAUUCGAUACAGCUGAAGAAGCGGCUAUGGCUUAUGACACGGCUGCUUAUAUUCUGAGAGGCGAAUACGCUCAUUUGAACUUUCCAGAUCUCAAGAAUCAGCUCAAGACAAGCUCUUUGAGAAACAUGAUUGCCUCGCUCCUGGAAUCGAAAAUCCAGCAGAUCUCAUCAUCUCAUCAAGCAAAAUCCGGCGACAGGAAUGCUGCCUUCGAUCUCGAGAAGGUGACACAGGAGAAGAACGACAUGUCGGAAUCCGGUUUAAACGCAAGGCCCGUGAAGAAUCUGAGCCAAAAACUCGAUUUCGGUGAGAGGAUAAUAGGAGUCGAAUCCGGAGAAGUGAUGAUCAAGGAACAGGACCGUCAGGAGGCGAUGUUGUCUGAAACAGAAGGUGUGCAGUUGAGUAGAAUGCCUUCCUUGGACAUGGACAUGAUCUGGGAAGCUCUCCUGGUGACGAAACCAACCCCACAAUAAAGAAGUUAUAUAUUGUUAUGAUUUAUUGAUUACUAAUUAUUUCCCUUUUUCCCUUUUUACCGAAUUCCAAGAU